UGAUCAUGGCGGAGUCUGAAGACAGCAAAGCAGCGAACUGCACAUUUCUCUUUAAGAAAUCUAAUAAAAAAUUCUCUGCUCGGAAAAGAAAAUGCAGUGACAGCGAUAAAGACAGAAGCAGUGAUGAGGAGAAACAUGCGGUGGUCAAAAGAGAGAAGAAACCAAGCGCUCCCAAUCCCAUGAUCCAGAGGACGAAGAAGGUGGAGAGGGAAGUGGUUUCAUCAAGUGAAAGCGAGGGAGAUGACGAGGCGAAGAAGAUUACGGUGGCUUAUAAGUCUAAACGCUCAGCGAAACCAGAGGGACCGGAUGACAUGGGGGCCACUUCGGUGUACUGCUUGGAUACUGAAAAAGACAAAGAUGCUCAGGCCAUCUUCGAGCGCAGCCAAAAAAUUCAGGAGGAACUAACAGGUAAAGAAGAUGAUAAAAUCUACAGAGGCAUCAACAAUUACCAAAAGUUCAUCAAGCCCAAGGAUACCACCAUGGGUAACGCAUCAUCAGGCAUGGUCAGGAAAGGGCCGAUCAGAGCGCCUGAGCACCUCAGAGCUACAGUGCGCUGGGACUAUCAGCCUGACAUCUGCAAAGAUUACAAAGAGACCGGCUUCUGUGGAUUUGGAGACAGCUGCAAGUUUUUACACGACCGCUCGGACUAUAAGCACGGCUGGCAGAUCGAGAGGGAGCUGGAGGAGGGACGAUACGGUGCCAACGACGAGGAAAACUACGAGGUGAGCAGCGAUGAUGAAGAUCUGCCUUUCAAAUGCUUCAUCUGCAGGGAUUCAUUCAAGAACCCAAUUAUUACAAAGUGCAGACAUUAUUUCUGUGAGUCCUGUGCUUUGCAGCACUACCGCAAGUCCAAGCGCUGCUAUGUGUGCAAUCAGCAAACCAACGGAGUCUUCAACCCGGCUAAAGAGCUCAUGGUGAAGAUUCAGAAACGCCAGGCUGCUGAAGACCAACCACCUUCAGAGGAGGAUGACUAAAUUCUUUCCCCCCGUUUUUGUUUCUUAUCAUUCUGAUCAUUUUUUCCCACUAUUGUAAAAUAAAUAAACUGCCAAUAAAUGUCAUUUUUUAAAAA